CUUGUGCCAUGGCGUCCUCGGCAAGGUCCAGUGUUCAUUCGCAGAACCGGUUGGCGGUUUUCGUCUUCCCGGGUGCUGCUGGUCAUGUCAAUCCAUCGCUGCCCAUCUGCCGAAGAUUAGUGGACUUGGGCUGGCAGGUGGUAUAUGUCUGCAAUCCAAGCUUUCAAUCCGUCAUUGAGGAGACGGGUGCGGAGUUCCGCGACGUCAACGCUGUAUGCGAAAGCUUCGGCGGCAUCAGCGAUCUGCGCGAGAUGAUUCUGCAGUCCAUGGCAGAGUAUCAGGAUCCUGGAGCAAAGAUGUGGGCCAUGAAUUUCGGCAGCAUCGCCACAGAACGACUCAUUCCAAUUUUCGCCGACUUUUUCAAGGAGCUUUCUCCCAAAUUGCUGAUUUAUUGUCCUGUCCUCUGUCCCUACGCCCACUUCGCCGCGUCGUUGCUCCCCAAGCUGCGCAGCGUCUCGCUCCUGACGGCCGCCGGGCCGGGCUACUGGGACGCGGCGUUCAAGGCCCACGGCGGCACGGCACAACAGCUGGUCGAGACCAUCGCGAAAAAUGAGGCCAAUCAGGUGGCGGUGUCCAAGAUUCGAGUGAAGUUGGAGCAGCCAAGGAUGUCCCUCAACACUUCGGAACCUUUGGUGCAGGAUUACUAUGCACCGCUGAACUUAGUCACAACCCUUCCAUCCCUGGCCGAUCCGUUGAGCGAAAAAGAUGCAGGCGUGUACUUUGCCCAAGGCAAGAAGUUCGAAUUCGUCGGUCCUCUACUGGUUCCAGCACCAUCCGAAGCUGCGCCUGCGAGCGCGGAGGACACGUCGAAGCUGUUCGAAGAAAUCGGAGGGGUGGAAGCAGGACGUGAAAUUGUCUACGUUUCUAUGGGCACAGUGGUCACUGGGAACCAUGAGGAGUAUGGCUGGCGAGGCUGCAGCGGUACCGUGCUCACCGGGAAGCAGAUUUGCCAGGCGGUUUAUGGUGCUGUUCAAAGAACUUGGCGAAGUGGAUGGCGCCAGCUCCCCCUUGGUGAUUCUGUCCGUAGGUCUCCAGGAGGACGCUCUGGUCCCCGAUCCACCCUCCCUGUGGCCCGAAAGCGGCGUGCCAAAGAACUGCAUCUGCCUCCCGCGAGUGCCUCAAGUGGAGCUUCUGCAACGGGUUAGAAGUCAGUUGGCCUUCUGUGUGACCAACGGUGGCCAAAACACCUUCAUGGAAUCUCUCUCCGUAGGGUGUCCGUUGCUGGUCUGUCCCGGCUUCGGUGACCAGCUGAGCAACGCAGCGCGUGCAGACGCCUUGCAGCCGGGCGUCAAGGUGGAUCGGCCCAAGACAGGAGAGGUUCCUGAAGCCCUUGAAGCAUAUCAUGCGUCGGUCUGUAGCGCUCUCCAAGUGAUGAAGGGCACGUCCAGCGAGACCUUCCGCGCCAAGGCGCGGAGCCUCUCCGACGAGGUGCGCUACGCGGGCGGCCUGCGCCGGGCGCUGGAUCUCAUCUUGGAAAGUCUGUGAGUUCGCCGAACGGCGCCGGACGACAAGGGUACCCAUUGGAGCAGCGACAAGUUCCCGUUCAUUCUUGAAUUCUAG